AAUUUUUUCUAGAAAAUCCUUUAAACUUUUUUUUUUAAACCUUUUUUACUAUUUUUACUACUUGUACUGAAAUUCGACAAAAAUUCUACUUAAAUAUAUCAUAAAAAGCUUUAUUUAACGUUUGUUUAUAAGCAUUAAAAAGAACUUAACUUUUUAAUGAAAAAAAAAAAGAAAUUUUUAUUGAAAGGAUAAAAGUGGGUCAGAGGUACAAUUGUGCGUUAGCCCAACAUUUAUUGCUCAUUGGGAAAUUUUUGGGUCAAAGUGUUCACUUUGUUGCGAAUAUAAGACCUAUACACUUCCGUUACCCCUCCCCCCACGCUGUGUCCUCCCGCUCAGAGCGAGAACAUCACCCUGGCCACCAAAUUGGCUGUUUAAUCGAUUCCUGGACAGUUUUGUAGCCUUUUUGGUGUUGCCCAAAUUUUAUUUUGUAUUAAUUUUUGCAAUAAAUCAUCAUGGGAAAUACGGAGAGCAAUGUAACCAGUGGGGUGAAGAAGCAAGCAGGAACAUCCACCCAGGAGCUGUACAAGUUUGUUAAUCUCAAAGGUGGUGGCCUCUUGGUGGACAUGAUGAAGCGUGCUGCACAGAGUAAGCAAUUCGCGGAGAUUGAUCACGCAAUCAAGACAAAAGUGGAACCAUUUCUGUACAACAAGGGUGCUGGAAAGUGGAUUCCAGUUUCCUCGCUCGUCCUGCUGCGGAAUCGCGAACGGCCACGGCAUAAGCAAUUACCGGAAAUUCGUGUCAUGGAGAAUCCAGAUGAUGAUUUCGACAUUAGUCAGUACUGCCCUGAGGUGUCCGAAGCUGAAUACUACACAAACAUGGAGGCAUAUCGGGAUGUUUGUUGGGACAUCAAAGAACGCGGUGCUGUUGGAGAGACAAUUUUGCACCUGUGCCUCCUAAAUGCAACCUCAUUGCAUGCUGACCUGGCCAAGAGAUUGCUGCGCUUCUAUCCUAAACUCAUCAAUGAUAUUUACAUGUGUGAUGAGUACUGGGGCGAAAAUUGUCUCCAUAUUGCCAUUGUGAAUGAAGAUCCAGCCAUGGUGAAGUACCUCCUGGAUGCUGGAUCGGAUGUCAAUGAGCGCUGCUGUGGGAAUUUUAUGUGUCCCGAAGAUCAGAAGGCAUCACGCUAUGAUUGUCCUGAUCAUGAAUACGUUGGGUUGCUUCCAUUCACCAACUAUGAUGGAUACGUCUACUGGGGUGAAUAUCCACUCAGCUUUGCCGCCUGUUUAGGCCAGGAGGAGUGCUAUCGAUUGGUCUUGGCACGUGGUGCCGAUCCUGAUGCUCAGGACACAAAUGGCAACACAGUCCUCCAUAUGCUCGUCAUCUAUGAGAAAUGCUCCACAUUCGAUAUGGCCUACGAAGUGGGAUCAAGGCUAUCCAUCCGGAAUGUUUUGAACCUCACACCACUCACCCUGGCCGCCAAACUUGCACGUGUUGAGAUGUUCUUUCACAUUCUCAACAUUGAGCGUGAAAUCUACUGGCAAUUGGGUAGUGUAACAUGUGCAGCCUACCCUCUAUCUCAAAUUGAUACAAUUGACGUGGAAACAGGACACAUUAGCAAGGAUUCCGCCCUUAAUCUCGUUGUUUUCGGCGAUAAAGAUGAACAUUUGGAACUAAUGGAUGGUGUCCUGAUUGAUUUGCUCAAAGUCAAAUGGAAUACAUUUGUAAAGCGACGCUUCUACCAGCAAUUCUAUCUUUUCGCAACGUACUUCUCCGUAAGCUUAGCUAGCUUCAUUCUGCGUCCUGGACCGGAUAUUGAGGAGGAGGAAGAUGACGAUGCAAAGGUAGUUGUGAGUGAGGAGCAAAAGAAUCACACAGGUUUGCGUGAAAUGUAUAGAAAUUGGGUAAAUGUGAGUGAAUCCAACUUCCUCAGCAAUGAUACCAUCUCAGGAAUUUCUGGGAAUGCAACUGACAUCGAUACGGAUCUUGUGUGGAUCAAUAAAACCAAUCCAUGGUGGAAUACCUACGGAGAUUGCCCACUUAUGAACUUUGAAAGUCCCGAGAGUAAAUUGAGGAUUGUUUCGGAAGUUAUUCUCCUUGUAGGAGCUGUUUUGUACAUCCUAUCUGCUCUUCGGGAGAGUCGUUUCCUUGGCUAUAAGAUGUUUGUUGAGAAUUUGAUGACAGCCCCUUCUCGGGUGAUGUUUCUCUUUUCCUGCUGCCUCAUGAUGGUGAUGCCGUGGCUUAGAAUUUCCUGCUCAACGGAAAUGGAGGAUCAUUUUAUUGUUGUAAUUAUGCUCACAACAGCACCGUAUUUUCUCUUCUUCUGCCGUGGCUUUAAAACCGUUGGACCCUUCGUUGUGAUGAUCUAUCGAAUGGUAAUGGGUGAUCUGCUUCGAUUCGUUUCCAUCUACCUUGUCUUUGUGAUGGGUUUCUCCCAGGCAUACUACAUCAUUUUCUUGUCAUUCGACAACCCCGCUACACCUGAAGGAAUCGACGAUAGCGAAUCAAAUCCCGUUCCAUCACCAAUGGAAUCCUUCGUGGCCAUGUUCCUAAUGUCUCUGGGGAAUUUUGGUGAUUACUAUGGGGCAAUGGAGCUCACAAACCACGAAGUUGAGGGUAAAGUUCUCUUUGUCAUCUUCAUGGUGAUCGUUGGUGUUCUCCUGGUUAACAUGUUGAUCGCCAUGAUGGGCAAUACGUACCAAAAAAUCGCCGAAACGCGCAAUGAGUGGCAACGACAAUGGGCAAGGAUUGUUCUUGUUGUUGAGCGUGGUGUUGCUCCGGCUGAACGUCUCAAGAAUCUCAUGUCCUACAGCCAACCAAUGUCCGAUGGACGUCGUGCACUGGUGCUGCGUCUCAAUAUGUCCGAUGACGACAAGGAGGAGAUGAAGGAAAUCAUGGAAAUGAAGCGUGUUCACGAUAGGUUGCUGAAGAAACGAAUAGCUGAGCGAGAGAAGCGUUUCCAGGAACGACAGAAGCUCCGAGAAAAAUAUACAACCACCAGUUCAUCCCAAGAAUAUCUCACCACAAAAGCUGGCUUUUAACUAGGGGCCUUUGCGUGGAAUUUAAUGAAAAUUAGUUUAAUUUUUCUCUCUAAAAUAAGAGCAAAUAUUGUAGUUUCAUCGUUGUUAAUUUUAGAUUAAUAAAAAAAAUCUCUAUAGCUUUAAAAA